CUAAUUCUCUCUCUCUCUCUUUGUCUUUCUCUCUCUUCAUCGUGGCUCGCAACAAUGAACCUACGCAUACAUAUUGGUAAUUUCAUGACGAUCGGCAAUGCGUGUUGCUUUAUUAUACAAAGUUUUGGCUAUUUAAAAUUAGUGUGUGCCAAGCAGAGAAUGGAAGCGGAUUACAGUGAAACGUCGCCAGUUGUGCAAACCACACACGGAGAAGUGCGUGGUGCGCUGCUCACAACGCUCUAUGAUGAGUUGUAUUAUGGAUUCGAUGGCAUACCCUUCGCCCAGCCGCCUUUCGGUGAGCUGCGCUUCAGGGCGCCGAAAGAUGUGGAGCCCUGGACAGGUAUACGCGACUGCACAGAGUCAAAGGACAAGUGCCUUCAAGUGGCCAGCUUAUCACAACAGGUCGAAGGCAGCGAGGAUUGCCUUUACCUGAACAUUUCCGUGAAGACACUACGCAGUGAGAAGCCUUUGCCUGUAAUGGUCUAUGUGCAUGGAGGUAUAUUCAGGAGCGGCGAUCCUGCAAGGCGCUAUAUGUCGCCAGAUUAUCUGAUGCGAGAGCAGGUUGUCUACAUCAGUAUUGGCUAUCGACUAGGACCAUUCGGUUUUCUGAGCUUUGCGGAUCCCAAGCUGGACAUACCUGGCAACGCGGCCCUCAAGGACAUUGUGAUGGCCCUCAAAUGGAUAAGGGCGAAUGUGAGCCGCUUCAAUGGCGAUGCGAAUAACGUAACGCUGUUCGGUCACAGUUCGGGCAGCUGUUGCGUGCAAUUGCUGAUGAUGAGUCCACUGGCCGAGGGACUCUUUGACAAGGCCAUACUGAUGAGCACUUUCAUGCCGGAGACGAAUAGACAACCCGAUGUCGAGUAUCUUCUGGCCAAGCAUUUGGGCUAUACGGGAGAGAACAACGACGCUCAAGUUUUUGACUACUUAAAUGGAUUAGAUGCCAAACUCUUAGUUACGCCAGACUUUCGUACACUCUACGAUCGCCUGCAGUAUGCCAAUUGUCCGCUUUUUAUGCCCUGUGUAGAACCCUAUGCAACGCCUACUGCCCUGUUGCUGGCCGAGCCGCGUGUGUUGCACCGUACGGCAUGGAGUACGCGCAUACCCAUAAUGCUUGGUUCUACCAGCGGCGAAGGAUUAUCCAGUCCAAUGUCUAAUAUGGAAAAGGAACCAGAAAAGCUAUCAGCUCUAAUAAACCGUCCAGAAUUCACGCUGCCCUACUCGAUGGUGCGGCAUUGGGGACGGACUCCGUAUCGCAUUUUGGGACAGCGACUGAUAAAGAAGUUCUGUGGGGUGUAUUGCGGAGAACUGACAGUGGCGCAUUAUCCUCAAAUCGUUGAGAUUUAUGCGCACAACCAGAUGCACUAUCAGCAGCGUAUAAUUAAUGCCCGUCUCGCUUAUAGCCAGGCUGAGAAUUAUCUGUAUCGCUUCGACUUUGAUUCGGAGGAUUUUAAUUUGUAUCGCGUACGCUAUUUUCCAGGAAGUAGGGGUGUUGUGCAUGCCGAUGAACUGUGCUAUUUAUUCAAGUUUCCGGCCAGCUUCAAGCUGGACAAGUCUCGAGCGGAAUACAAGACUAUCUGUCGCAUGACAGCCAUGUUUGCCCACUUUGCACUCAAUUCUAAUCCGAAUGCGCCACUCACUCAACCGCUGGUCAAUUGGUUACCUGUGACAGCAGUUGAACCCACAAUGUGUCUAAAUAUCAAUGAGGAUUUGACGUUCAUACCACUGCCGGGUCGCUUGAAAUUAAAGUUCUACGAUCAGUUGUACAGAAAUGCCGGAAUGGAGCUAAUUUAUGGAUCGCGAGCAGAGCAGACGACCAAAAGACUGUUUACCAUCAUGUCGGAGAGUUUCGAGAAUUGUGAAAUUUCGCUGCCCGUGGGACAGAUAAGGGGUGUCAAACGUCGUACACUGUACGAUGACGAAUAUUUCAGUUUCGAGCGUUUGCCAUUUGGUCAACCGCCGGUGGGCGAACUGCGUUUCAAGGCGCCCAAGCCGGCGGAGCCGUGGACUGGAGUCUUGGACUGCACCCAUUUCGGCGAGAAACCCGUGCAGCGGUCAUUGUCAACGAGAGUCAUCGAUGGGGCCGAGGACUGCCUCUACUUGAAUGUGUAUGCCAAACAGCUGAAAACGGAAAAGCCACUGCCAGUUAUGGUUUAUAUAUAUGGUGGGGCAUUUUCCAUUGGCGAAGCCACUCGCGAAUUAUAUGCACCCGACUACUUGAUGGCCAAAGAUGUGGUUUUAGUUACACUUAACUAUCGAGUUGAUUGUCUAGGUUUCCUUAGUCUAAAGGACCCAAGCUUGGAGGUGCCCGGCAAUGCUGGUCUUAAGGAUCAAGUUUUAGCCAUCAAAUGGGUCAAGCAAUACAUUUCGCACUUCAACGGCGAUGCAAACAACAUAACGGUGUUUGGCGAGAGUGCAGGUGGCUGCUCCACCCACUACAUGAUGUGCACGGAGCAGACUCGAGACCUGUUCCACAAGGCCAUUCCCAUGUCGGGUACACUGCACAAUUACUGGUCCAAUACGUUGCCAGCGGAUUUCGCCUUUCGUCUGGCCAAGGCUAAUGGCUAUGAGGGCGAGAAUGUCGACAGACAGGUGCUGGAGCACUUGCGUAACGUGGAGCCAUAUAAACUGGUUGAUCACGACCUACUCACCACUGAAGAUCGGCGCAACGGACUUAUCUAUGCCUUUGGACCCACAGUGGAGCCGUAUGUGAUGGACGACUGUGUGGCGCCCAGAUCACAGCUGGAAAUGGCACGAAAUGCGUGGAGCAACAAGAUACCUGUCAUGUUGGGUGGCACCUCCUUCGAGGGUCUAUUCAUGUUUCCGGCCGUAAAGGCCAAUAUUAAGGGAUUGGAUAAAUUGUUGCAAGAUCCUCUUCGCAUGACGCCGUAUGAUGUGCGUGUGCUUAAUACGGAGAAGCAGAAUCUGGAGUACAGUCACAAGAUGAUCAAAUUGUACUUUGGUGAUGAGAUUCCCAGCUCGGCGCAUAUGAUGAAUAUGUUGGAUUACUAUUCAUAUAAGAUCUUCUGGCAUGGCUUCCAGCGGACUCUUCAGGCUCGUUUGGCAUAUGCUAAUAAGGCGCCCACCUAUUUCUAUCGCUUUGACUUUGAUUCACCCGAUUUUAACUUCUUCCGCCAGAAGUUCUGUGGUGAUGAAAUCAAGCAGGGCGUCGCCCAUGCCGAUGAUUUGAGUUAUUUGUUCCGCAACUCGCAGUCGUGGAAGCUGGACAAGUCAUCCGGCGAAUAUCGUACCAUUCAGCGCAUGGUGGACAUUUGGACAUCCUUUGCGGCCACUUCCAAUCCCAACUGUGACGAGACAGCUCAUCUGAACUGGAAACCCGCACAGCAGGAACAACCACAACGCGUGCUCAACAUUAGCAAUGAGAUCGAAAUCAUUGAUCUGCCCGAGCACGAGAAACUUCAGACCUGGGAUAGUCUGUAUAAAAAGGAACAUUUGUACUAAAGUUGUGUACUCAAGACGUGAUGUUGCUAGUUUAACUGUUUCUAGUGUAUUACGAAGUCUGUAAAUAAAUUGAAUUAAAAUGAA